AUGGCGUGCGACACGCCAGUGCGACUAUCUCGAGGCCGAAAAUCCCGAGGUCGCGGUCUCCGCACCAACACUGGCUGUGUGACAUGCCGAAAACGACACCUGAAAUGUGAUGAAAUUAAGCCCGUCUGUGGCCCAUGCGGUAGGGUCAGCCGACAAUGCAGCUACUCUCAGCCCUCAAGCCAACGCGAUUCAAUUGAACAUGUCGAACAAUCCGUCGAUAAUGAAGCAACCGAAGAGACUUCCACGGACUUAAACAACUCUUCUGCGGCCUACUUUUCGUCUAUGCCCGAAGCCCACACUGGCAAUUCGCCGAGCACAUCAUCUCCCCAUGAACAACAGAAUUCCAGUGUUCUCUCAUGGACAACGAGCCACAGCCAACCCCCACUUCAUCCGCUCGAUCAAUUGGCGGCUAUUGUGGCAAUUGAUCACACGACAUCACCAUUUGGCAAUGGUCUCACAGCGCCACAAUACCCUUCAGACAUUCCACAUUCGGUGACGAGCUCCAUUGAGUCCCCGGGACCAACUAUAAACGCGGCAACUGUGAGAUGGUUUGACCUGCUUGCUAGUGAUGCUGUUAGGGAAAGUCCGCAAAUAUCAAGCGCCAUUGGAGGUUAUGGGCAGGAUAUACUUGAAGAAACAGAUGCAUCCCAUAUAACACCUUUACAGCGCGCCACCCGAAUAGUGGAUCGAACUCACAUCGAAGAGGAAGAGCUACGGCCAGGCUUAAGCGCAGAACAGUCUACACCAAAUCUCAAUUCUCAUGCCGUCAACUCACCUGCGAGUAUACACCAUGAGGAGAGGCUAUGGCAAUCACAAGAACAAAUCCAACUUCUCCCACAUGAGUACUCCUUGUUUGAGAACUUUGUACAACGGGUCAGCCCAUGGAUUGAUCUUUUCGAUCCAACUAACAAAUUCUCUACAUUUGUGCCUCACCUUGCGAUGCGCAAUGCUGGCCUUCUGAAUGCAAUCCUAGCCCUUUCCUCCCGUCACCUCUCGAUUAACCCAGAGCGACCCUCGCAUGACCAUCCCCACCGGGAAGUCUCACUCCAGUACUAUUAUCAAACACUUCACUACGUCCAGAAAGCUAUGCAAUAUUCGAGUUACAAAACCAGUCUAGAGCUCCUUGCUACAACAUUAAUUAUAUCCACCUACGAAAUGCUAGACGAUUCAAGCCAAGACUGGCAGCGGCAUUUAGAAGGUGUUUUCCUUAUCCAGCGUUCGCAAGUGAUACAUGGUGAUUCCGGGGGGUUGAAAGCGGCUGUAUGGUGGGCAUGGCUCUGCCAGGACGUGUGGGCAGCAUUUCGAGAAAGGCGGAAAACCCUGACCUUCUGGGUUCCAAAAAAGACGUAUGCAGACCUCUCGCCGUCUGAGAUUGCUGCUCGCUCAAUGUUUGUUCUCGCAAAAGUCAUCAACUACUGUUCUCGGGAGGAAUCCAUUCUCGCAGAGAUCAAUCUACAAGCUAGAGUUGAUAAGGCGAAGAAUCUGCGUUCUAUGCUUGAUGAGUGGUGGAGUCAUCUAACUGUCGAGUUUUCUCCUCUCCCAGCCAUGACCCCCAGCUCAUCUGCAACCUUUCGACCCAUAUGGAUUCGGACUCCGGCGUUUGCUGUCGCCGUUCAACUACAUUGUGUGGCCCAUAUUCUUAUCUUCUCACAUGAACCAUAUGUUGGUGGAUUGGAUAGCUAUCUCGAGCAGCAGACGAGAGUUCGGCAAUGCGUAGAAAUCAUCUGUGGCAUUGCCAUGACAUUAAAGGACGAUGCAUCUAGCGUGCUAUCAUCACAAUGUCUAUUUAUAGCCGGAAUGUUUACCCAAGGCAGCCGCUCCCGUGAAUGCGUGCUGGACCUCCUCGAAUUAUGCCGGCAACGGACCGGCUGGCCAGUUCAGUCCUUUGGAGAUGAGCUGAAACAACUAUGGAUGGCCCACGAGAGUCCAAAACCAAAUGAGACUGAGGCAUACACAAACAUACUCUGGAAUCGCCAUUAG